AUUUUAAGGUUUAAACCCCGGAAACAAACAUGGGUUCUCUUUCACUUUCCUUAAAAGUUGUAUUGAUUUCAACUAGUGUGUUAUUCUUGUUUUUGUAUUUGAAAGUCUUUGUUGCAUUAGUGCAUGGUUCUUUUGUAAAUCAAGCUGCUCUUCUAUGGAGCUCUCUAAUGUCUUGGCUUAAACCUCCUUAUCUUUAUGUUAUCAUAAACUGCAUCAUCAUUAUCAUCGUUGCUUCCUCACGUUUCGACCGCAACCACGACACCUAUAGUACCACUACUCAUGAUCAUAUUGAGAAAAUCCCAAUGGAUGAUUAUUUUCAUGGGAUGAAGAUUUCAACCGCGAAGACUCGGUUUGAUGGAGCCCUGAAAUCGAGGGCUCUGACUGUUUAUCAGGACAGAGUAGAAGAAGAAGAAGAAGAAGAAGAAGAAGAAGAAGUUAUCAAGGAUAAGUGUAUGGUGUUAGAGGAUAGGGAAAAUGGAGUGGCUGGUGAUUUUGUGAUAUCCACGUCCACGUGGGUGUCGCCGAUAAAGAGGAAUGAUUCGUCUGAGAAUAAUCUUUUGUUGCUGGAGAAUCUUUCUCCGGCAGGGAAACCCCUGGUUUCUUCUAGGUUCGGUCAUGGGAACGUUGUUAAAGCUCGUCCUGAAGGUGGAAGGGCGUUAAGGGUGGGAAAGCCACAACCAAACGAGACGUUGGAUACCAUAUGGAAAAGGAUAACGGAGGAUCGUGCAAUGCCGUUAACAAGACACUUGAAGAAACCACAGACGCCCGUGGACACGUGGGAGAAUCAUGGCAGUCAAUUUAGCACAAGUCGUAUGGAUCCACAUGCGGUGAAAAAGUCAGAGACGUUUGAUGGCAGAACCAAUUAUCAGCUGCCACCUGUCAGCUCAUCAUCUCCUGCUUCUGGGAAAUUAAGGAAAGAACCUUCACUGAGUCCAGAUGAGUUGAACCAGCGAGCUGAGGCCUUCAUUAACAAGUUCAAUGAGGAGAUGAGGAUGCAAAGGCAAGGGUCAUUCAAUAUCAAUAGAAGGAGAUGAAUAGCCAUGGAGGGCGUCCUUAAUUAGGUUUUAAGUUAAUUGUGUGUUUUGAUUAAAUUAAAAUUAAGUUUUGAAGCUAAUAAAGCAAUUUGGUGUCUUUUU